AUGUCGGACGACCUACCUUGGCCGGAGCUUGGUAAUGUCUCGCGCGGUGCCACUCGAGGAAACCAAGGACAAAAGGGCGUGCUGGGGCCGCCAGACUCCGAAGGCCGCUGCCUACUGCAGCUGCGGGUCCAGCCCGGCGUACUUGCCGUGCGCCUGAAUCGCCAGGCAAGCGAUUGGUACCGGCUGCUCGACAGCGAGGUCACCCGCGCACUGAAACUGACCAAGACCUACUGGCGAAAAGCGCGACGGCGGCAGGACUACGACGCGCGUGCGGACCAGGACCACAUGGAACUGCACGAAUGGCUGCAGCAGCUCAAGGACAAGGUCAUGUCGCACAUCGAGCUGCUCAUGCAGAAGGGCGAGAUUCAAGGCCCGCCAUACGUGAUGCCGGACAUCGUCGAGCUCUCGUUCCUGCGCAAGUUCGUCGAGCGGCAGGCGGCGGGCAUUCCGCAUAAUCCUCGCCUGCGGCGGGCGUACCUGCACACGAGCUCGAGCGGGAGCCGGCCACAGCAGCUGCCUUCGCAUGCGUCCCCAGGGACGCUGACACCAUUAUCAGGCACUGGUUGGGAGGCAGCUGACGCGAGAGACGACGAGCAGGAACCGAUAGCGUCGUCGUCAGGUAUCGCCACGGUUGACAUUGACGAUAUCCAGGGUCUCAUGCGCGAGAUGGAGUCCAGUCGAACAGCGCUCGCAGAAGCGCGAGCUGAAUUCUCGCGAGCUCGCAGGGAGACCAAGGAAGCGUUUGGGAGGUAUACCUCCUGCAUGGACCUAGAGGAGAAAGCGCGGCAGCAAGUCGCAGCAGCCGAGCAGCGGCGGGAUGCCUUAACAUCUAGGAUUAUGGAUAUGCACCGAAACCAGUAUGCCGAAGAUUCAUCCGCACGACCAUCAACGACCGAAGAGCAGACACACUACCCUUUGUAUCGACCACAGUCGAGAGAGAGCACGGGUGGCUCUCAAGACGAGCAUAUGAGCCCUCUGCAAAAUAGCAUGAUGCUCACCGACAAUAACACGGCCUGGAGAAACAUGCGGGACAUGCACUGGCCUCAAACUGAUGCUAUGGGCGCCCCGGUCGCGGCGCAAAGCAGUGAUAUGAGCAUGCUAGAGCGGGUAAGCCAAUCUAUGAACACGCCGGCACGGAGCCACGAAAUGCAGAUGGCGACCCACUUGAACCCGGAGCGGAAACAUGCUCGCACCUGGGAAAACAUGAGAGCUCAGGAGGAAUUCCAGGACAUGACCGCUUUUCCGCCUGCGAAGCGCCAGCAGGUUUUCAGCUCGGCAUCAGGCGCUCUGACCUCAUCGUUGCGACAAUCAACGCAGUCGGUGAUGCAGGUUGCGGACUCGCAUCGAGUAGACCAGGCGGUCGGGGUUAUGCUGAAUGCGCCAGGAUCCGGAGCUCAUCUCGGAAAUGUUCCGUUGUGA